AUGGCAGCACCAGAUUUGCUGUUUGGGCUUCGGAACAAUUUCUACUUGGGGGCAUAUCAAGCGGCAAUCAACAACAGCGACGUCCCAAAUCUCUCUCCGGAGGACGUCAUCGAGAGGGAUUCUCUCGUUUACAGAUCUUACAUUGCCCUCGGCAGCUAUCAGCUUGUGAUCAAUGAGAUCGAUUCAUCAGCUGCGACGCCGCUUCAAGCCGUGAAACUGCUGGCUUUGUACCUUUCGAAUCCGGAGAAUAAGGAAACAACGAUCUCUGGUAUCCAUGAGUGGUUGGGAGAUCCAGCUGUUGGAAACAACCCAAUCUUACGGCUUAUUGCUGGGAUCAUGUUCAUGCAUGAGCAGGACUAUAAUGAAGCUCUGAAACAUACCAACGCGGGGGGAACUAUGGAGCUGUAA